AUGGAGAAACCAGCAGACACUAGCGGCGACAUCCUCCACUCGCUCCAAGACACCCCCUACGCCUGCUCAUCGGUCGAAGAGCUAUGCGGAGGAUCGGGAAAUGCAACAUACAGAGGAAAGCUCUCCAAGUCAUUGCACGAUGGAGCCGACACCGUGAUAAUAAAGCACUGCGAGGAGACCUGCCCCAAAGUGCCACAUCUAGCACUAUCCACGAACCGAUGUAUAACAGAGCGAGAAAUACUCACCGCGAUCCAAGAAUCACCGGCGGGCAGAGUAAGCCACAAGGACGUCGUCGUCAAAUGUCCCCGAAUACACCAUUACAUACCGCACGAGAAAACUCUGAUAUUGGAGGACUUUCCACACGAUAGCACUCUGCAUGAUUGGCUCUCAAACACGGAUGCUGAUCGUGAUGCCACGACACUAGCAGCACUAGGUGAAGCGCUAGGAACCUGGCUCAUGCGAUUCCACGUGUGGUCGGAGAGCGCGGCAGGGAGCUUGUCAGGCGCUGUCCUGGCAAAUACCAACUCAACUGGUAAAGAUCUAAACCGCACGAAACUACAGGCAGUCAAGAGGCAAUGCGACGAUAAAAAGGUGCGAGAUUACGCGGCGGAUUUGUUGUCCUCAGCGCCGAAACCCGGUGAUGUUGUGGUUCAUGGGGAGUUUUCUACCAGGAACAUUCUUAUCCAAUCCUCCUUAAACAAUCCGGACAGACCCCCAAAUUGCUCUCUGGCAAUCAUCGGCUGGGAAACGGCUUGCUACGACCUCUUUACGCGCGAUGUGGCCAGCAUGAUUGCUGGCCUCUACAUGCAAAAACACUUCAGUGGCAGCGAGAGCGCGAUGACAGUCCUCCAAGCUUUUGUCGCUAAUUAUCCAGCCCUAAGUGAAGAAGAGGCGUAUAGGACGGUGGCGCAGGUUGGCGAGAACCUCUUCCACUGGGGUGCGUAUGCUCCUGAGACGCACACAGAGGAGCAGGUGCAGACCAUUGUGGAGUAUGGAAAGGCGCUGAUUAUCAUGGGUAUGGAGGAGGACCGGGAGGGGGUUUUGGGAACGUUCUUAAGAUGCUUACUGGAACCUGCUGCUCGGUUGGAUGUAUAG